AUGGCUGUACAUGAUGCGUAUCACGACUCAAUCCGUCGUCCCCUUCUUAGCGGCUCCGUCUUCAUGAGGAAAUCUCCAAGCUCGGUCGAGGCUAACUCGCCCGCCCUACCCGAAGCGUUUCGGAACGCCCUGGUUCUUGGUCGCCGCCAUACAGAGCGCUCUCUUCAUGCUUCUACCCUGCUCCGCAGCCCCGGCUUUGAUCUCAAACACCUCUUCGACGUAUGGGCAGUCAAGCUCGGAUCGCUCUCAGUUCGCUCACGCACGCGAGCCAGUCUUCAGAGUAAAUGGGCGGUGGUCGGAGCCGUCGCCGUCUUCUAUGACUACGUCCUUACUCUUGAUAGCGAGAUUAAAUACAUCUGGAGGAGGAAGGUGACGAGUGCAAGCAUGAUUUAUAUCGUCAUACGUUACUCGUCAUUGGUAUCCAACGUCCUCACCUUCCUCAACUUCUUCCCUUCGCCGGGCAAAUCAUCACCAAUGUGCAACGCGAUCACACUGUGGUAUUCUUUAUUGGGCACCGCCAUGCUCAUGUCCGGCGCGGUGUUCUCGUCAUUGCGAGCGCACGCGCUGUGCCAGUGCAAACCCCUCUCUUUCUGCAUUUUGGUGCUGGGGUCUGGGAACGCCGUCCCCUCGGUUUAUGCAGCGAUCAAAACUCAGGCCACAUACAACCCAGUACCCAACAACAUCCUCACCAAUUGCGAUAUAAGGAUCUCACAAUUUCUAUCAUUUCGCAAAGGAACCGCACAGCAGAGGCUGAAAAUUACUACGGCAUUCUUUCAGAAUGGUGUCGCAUACUUCGCUGCACUCCUCGUUGUCAACAUCAUGAACCUUGCAUUUAUCAACAACGUGCAGCUGUUGUUCAAUCUCAUCGGUGCGCUCACCGCUAUGACGGUGGUCUUGACCUGCCGUUUCAUCCUCGACUUAUUUGAAGCGAGCACGAGGGGACGCUUCGGCACUGUCCCUACAUUACACCUCUCGACCGGGCGCUCGCUUGCGUUCCGACGCCCUGGUGGUCUCGGCGCCACUGGAACCCCCCAGGGAAUUUUUGGCGCGGAUGUCAGUUGGGACAGUACAGAAGAGAGCGAGAGCGACUGGAGUAAGAAAGAUGAUUACGGCUUCGAGCUCCAGCCUGUGAACCCGGCACGACAAACGGAUGCGCACCCUUUCAGAUAG